AUGGAUAGCGAGACCGAUAGUUCAGAUUUGGAUCAAAACAAUCUUGACCUCGAUCCAUCUCUCUCGCAACAAACAUUAACACCUCAAAAGUGUCUCCCACUGGUUGAACGAGUUUGUCACUAUUUGGACAAACAGAACACCAACACGAAAUCUUUUAUCCUGGCCUACCUACGCUCCACAAACGACAAAAUUGUCAGACGCAAAAAACAGUGGGCAUCUGUAACAAAAGGGUGGAAAUCUACUGAAGCUGUAUUGGAUGCGAUUGAAGAGCUGGUCAAUCAGAAGGCAGAAUGUCGACCAAAAUGGAAUGAUUGGGUUUUAAAAAAGGUAAACUUGACUACUUUCUUGGACAAUAAGCAUAUCACAUAA